AUGAGUUUACCAAAUACUAUUAAAGCUAUCGGAGCAAAAGAUGUCGAAAGCUGGGAAAAUCCAGUUGAUUUAGAAUUCAAACCACGUAAAUUUAAUCAAGAUGAUGUUUUGGUUAAAAUUCAAUCAUGUGGUGUUUGUGGUUCUGAUUUGCAUGCUGUUUCUGGUGCCUGGGCUUCCUAUGAAGGCCAUCAAGUUGUUGGUCAUGAAGUUGUAGGGAAGGUUGAAAAAGUUGGUCCUAAUGUUACCGAAUUCAAAGUAGGUGAUAUUGUUGGUGUUGGUGCAGCAAUUGGAUCAUGUGGUGAAUGUAAAUCUUGUAAGAAUAACAAUGAACAAUAUUGUGCAAAAUUAAUUCAUACUUAUGCAAUGCCUCAUUGGAAAUCUGAUAAUUGGGUUACUCAAGGUGGGUAUGCAUCCCACAUUAUCGCUGAAGAGAAUUUCGUCUUCCACAUUCCAAAAAAUUUACCUUUGGAUGUUGCUGGUCCUUUGAUGUGUGGUGGUUUAACUGUAUUCUCUCCAUUGUGGAGAAGUUUAAAUGGUGAUGGUAAAGGUAAAACUGUGGGUAUCAUUGGUAUUGGUGGUUUAGGUCAUUUAGCCAUCAAAUUUGCUAAAGCCUUAGGAGCUAAAGUAGUAGCAUUUUCAAGAUCUAACUCUAAAAGAGAUGACGCUUUGGAGCUCGGUGCUGAUGAAUACGUUGCCACUGGUAUCGAUGUCGACUGGACUUCAAAGUAUGAAAGAGAAUUUGAUGUCAUUUUAAACUGUGCAUCUAGUUUCACUGAUAUAAAGUACGAGAAUUUUUUCAAACUCAUGGAUGUUCAAGGUAAUUUCAUAACUGUCGGGGCACCACCAUCAGAUGAAAGUUUAAAGCUUCAUGCAUUCCAAUUACUUCUUUCAGGAGCCUCAAUGAGUGGUUCGUUAAUUGGAAGUAAAAAAGAAUGUUCAAUCAUGUUAGAUUUGUGUGCCAAAGAGAAGAUUUAUCCUGUGAUUGAAAAACUUCCUAUGUCUGUUGAAAAUGUGAAAAACGCAUGGUCAAGAGUUGGAAAAUCUGAUGUCAGAUACAGAUUUGUCUUAACUGACAUUGAAGAAUACUUCGAAAAUAAAUAG